AUGAGAUUGAAUGAGAACACUGUGAUAUUCGGUGACAGAGUCAUCCUAGUCCCUUACCGUGCUGAACAUGUACCAACAUAUCACGAGUGGAUGAAAUCGCCUGAAUUACUCGAAUUAACAGCUUCUGAGCCGUUAAGCUACGAUGAGGAACUGGAGAUGCAGCGGAAAUGGCAUUUAGAUGAUGAUAAAUUAACAUUCAUCCUACUGGCACAACCUGAAACAUCAACAUCGACAUCAAAUAUACUUGAACCAUCAGAGAUCAAGAAAUGUAAGAUGGUAGGAGACGUCAACCUGUUUUUACCUGAUGGUAUAACAGGGCAAGGUGAAUGCGAGAUAAUGAUAGCGUCAAAAGAAGAUAGGAGGAAAGGAUAUGCGAUAGAAGCAUUAUCACUAUUCUUGUCAUACCUCACUAUCACCUUACCGUUCGAUCCAUCCCUCCUCAUAGCUCGUAUAGGCUCAUCAAACAAACCUUCAAUACGUCUAUUCCAAAAAUUAGGCUUCGGGAUUAUCAAACAUGUGAAAGUAUUUGAUGAGGUUGAGCUGAAUUUCGGUGUAGAGGAUGAUAAGGAGAUAUUAUCUGAUUUAGGCUUGGACGUGGGUAUAAAUAAGAAGGUAGAUUGGAUAAAUAAAAGUUUGGAAGGAAGGCUUGGAAAGUACGACUAA